UCUCCAGCUUUCCUCUCAAACCAUAUAUAUAUUAUUAUUAUUUGAAAAAAAAAACAAAACAGCGAAAAAACAGAAAAAGAAAGAAUCCAUUCAAAUCGGCCACUCCUCUGGAUUCCAAACGCGAACUCUCUUAUCUUUACUUGGAAAGUUACGCAACUCCCCUUUUUUCCUUCUUUCCCUCUGUGGGAAAGUUUCGCGGAUCCGGAUCCGAAUCACCGUCAGAGCUAAGCCGGCAUCGGAGGCGGAGAUGGCAGAGUCUCCGGAGAAGCGCCGGAGCUCUUCUUCUUCUUCGAAUUCCGACGAAGGUUCGGUGACGAUCGGGCAGGGAAUUGGCGCUGGAACUGAAGGCAAAGAAUCGGAGAGCAGAGCGGCCGCUGGUGGUUCACUGAAUAAUGGAGACUCGGAUUCUUCAGGAAUUGCUGGCAGGAGUACAGCUAAAUUAAAUACUUCACAGGUUGAAAUGCCUGGUGCUAACAAAUUAGAACCAUCUUCUAGUGAGCUUAAGCUGGAAAAGUCUAAAACUGAAAGGCAAAGGCAUAACAAUGUACUUGCUGAAGAUGCAGCACAGCAGACGCUUAAAAUGUUGACAAGAAUGGCCACUGUUAAAGAUGAUGGAACUGUAGAAUUUGAAAUUCCAGGAGAUGUUGAACAACAUGCCCUUGGUAUUGGAUGUGAUGCUGUAAAUAAUACACUUGCUGAUGAUGAGCUUGCUGAUGUAAAAGAUGAAAGAUACAUACCCCCUAUGCAAAUAGUAAUGCUUAUUGUUGGUACCCGUGGAGAUGUGCAGCCAUUUAUAGCAAUUGGCAAACGCCUGCAGGAUUAUGGCCACCGAGUUAGAUUAGCAACUCAUUCAAAUUUCAAAGAGUUUGUCUUGACUGCUGGGUUGGAGUUUUUCCCAUUAGGUGGAGAUCCAAAGGUUCUUGCCGGCUAUAUGGUUAAAAAUAAAGGUUUCUUGCCAUCAGGGCCUUCAGAGAUACCCAUUCAAAGAAAUCAAAUAAAGGAAAUUAUAUACUCCUUGCUUCCAGCUUGUAAGGAUUCGGAUACUGAUACUGGUGUUCCUUUUAAGGCAGAUGCAAUAAUAGCCAAUCCUCCAGCAUAUGGGCACACUCAUGUGGCAGAGGCACUAAAAAUUCCGCUUCAUAUAUUUUUCACUAUGCCAUGGACGCCUACAAGUGAAUUUCCACAUCCUUUGUCCCGUGUAAAGCAAUCAGCUGGCUAUCGACUUUCAUAUCAAAUAGUUGACUCGUUGAUUUGGCUUGGAAUACGCGACAUGAUAAAUGAUCUUAGGAAAAAAAAGCUAAAGCUACGGCCUGUUACAUACCUUAGUGGUUCACAAGGCUCUGAUUCUGAUGUGCCACAUGGAUACAUAUGGAGUCCUCACCUUGUUCCAAAACCAAAAGAUUGGGGUUCAAAAGUUGAUGUUGUGGGAUUUUGCUUUCUUGAUCUAGCAUCAAAUUACGAACCUCCUGAGGCACUUGUGAAAUGGCUUAAAGCUGGUCCAGAACCUAUUUACAUUGGGUUCGGGAGCCUUCCUGUUCAAGAACCAGAAAGAAUGACCCAAAUAAUCGUGGAUGCAUUGGAGCAAACUGGCCAGCGGGGAAUCAUUAACAAAGGCUGGGGUGGCCUGGGUAACUUGGCAGAACCAAAAGACUCCAUAUACUUGCUGGAUAAUGUUCCUCAUGACUGGCUGUUCUUACAAUGCAAGGCAGUGGUUCAUCAUGGAGGUGCUGGAACAACAGCUGCUGGACUUAAAGCUGCAUGCCCCACAACCAUUGUGCCUUUCUUUGGUGACCAACCAUUCUGGGGUGAGCGAGUACAUGACAGAGGAGUAGGUCCUCCACCCAUACCAGUUGAUGAGUUCUCACUUCCUAAGUUGGUUGAUGCAAUAAAUUUCAUGCUAGAUCCCAAGGUGAAGGAACGCGCGGUUGAGCUUGCCAGGGCCAUGGAGAAUGAGGAUGGGGUAACUGGAGCAGUGAAAGCAUUCUUUAAGCAUCUUCCUCUGAAAAAGCCAGAACCUGAUACAUUACCAGAACCGUCUAGUUUUUUCUCCUUACGCAGAUGUUUUGGUUGUUCCUGAAUCUCAGGAUGUCUUUUUGUUCCAAUGCAAUUCCUCAGUUAUGCACCAGCACCAUAGCGUGAUUUGAUUCCUCAGCAUUGGUGUGUCGGCUAACCAUGAUACAGUAGCUUCUUUUUUGAUUGCGCUAUAGAAUUAUCGUACCAAAUUGUAAUUAAACCCAUUCGUUGCAGUUAAUACAUAUUCAGAGUGUAAUAGAUGAGCCAGAGCUACGUUUUACGAUCA